GCUUGAUCAACCGACACGCGGGCUGCUAGAAUUAAUUUUGUUUUGUUUUUAUUUUCAACAUGUGGGUGCAGAAAUUAGUGGGACGUUCCCUCAAUCAAGUGAAAACUAUUAAUGCCGCUCAGUUUUGCCGGCAAAUCAGCGCCAGAAUCGUAAAUAAAACUAAUGUUGAAGUUCAGCCGCAGAAGAAUGAAAAAUCGCUGACUUUUCCGGGAGUUUGGCUGAGGGAUAAUUGUUUGUGCGAAGAUUGCUUUCAUGGGAGUUCCAAGUCGCGUAAGUUGGAUUGGGAUAACUUUGAUACGAGGAUCCAACCUGUGGAAGUAAAAACAGAUGAGGCUGCUAAAGAAAUCUCAGUGAAGUGGAGUGACAACCACGUGAGCAGAUUCUCUCUAAAUUGGUUGAAGAAUCGCAGUUUCGAGGAGGAAAGGCAGAAAGAAUAUCUGCAGGAAUUCUACAGACCAACAACUAGACAUUGGUCAGGUUCAGAGUUCCAGGAGAUUGCCAGGCACUUCAAAUACGACGAAGUGAUGACCCAGGACUCCGUUUUGAUGGAGUGGCUUCAAUCGUUGGCUGUUUAUGGAGUGGCUCUCCUCCGCGGAGCUCCACUGGAUGAGGGCGUGGUGCGGCGACUGGCGGAGCGGGUGGGCUUCAUUCGGCGCACCACCUACGGUGAGGAGUUCGUGGUGCAGGCGAAGCCGGGUGCCCAGAACUUCGCCUACCUCUCCCUGCCCCUUCCCCUCCACACGGACCUUCCCUACUACGAGUACAAGCCGAGUGUCAACAUCCUGCACUGCGUCGUCCAGACGGAUUCGCCUGGCGGAAGCAACAUGCUCGUCGAUGGAUUCCACAUCGCGGACAUCCUGCGCAGGGAGCAUCCGGAGGACUUCGAGCGACUCAGCCGCGUCCUCGUCGACUGGAACGAUAUUGGAAGCGAGGACGGCCGCGAGUUCCACAACAUCUGGCGGGCGCCGGUCAUUUGCCUGGACUCCGAGGGGCGGUACUCGCGGGUGAACCACAGCGUGCCGCAGCGGGACAGCCACUUCAACGUGCCACUUUCGGAGGUGCUUCCGUGGUACGAGUCCUACGCCCGCUUCGUCCGCCUGGCGAUCGCCGACAGUCACGCCUUCAAAACGCAACCCGGCGACGUGCUGACCUUCAACAACAUCCGGCUGCUCCACGGAAGAGCCGGAUACGACGAUUCGGAAGUGAGCCCGCGCUAUAUAGUGGGUGCCUAUCUGGACUGGGACAUCAUCUACUCGCGAUUGCGGGUGCUAAAAAAGCGGGCGGAGCGCCAAUAAAAGCCAACGAUAGAUGGCAUAUUUUCCAAACCA